AUGACAGCCACCCACCGAAGCGAGAACGACUUGAAACCUCAAGGCGCAGAUCCUUUUGGGCACGAGGAAAUCGAAGUCGUUAACAAACAGCAACAUAUCGAGGAUGCUGUCCAGUAUGAUGAAGCUGAAGCGCGGCGAAUAUUGAGAAAGGUCGACUACCGCGUUGUGCCUUUACUGACCAUCAUGUACCUAAUUGCUUUCAUCGACAGAGCUAACAUCGGAAAUGCCAAGAUCGCUGGCAUGAACGAUGAGCUCGGGCUUACUGGACGCCAGUACAAUAUCGUACUUACUGUUUUCUUCAUCCCAUACGCUCUUUUGGAGGUUCCAAGCAAUAUCAUACUCAAACUUACCAGGCCGAGCAUCUGGCUACCGUCCAUCAUGCUUGCCUGUGGAAUAGUUUUGACUCUCAUGGGUAUCGUCCAGAACUUCACUGGUUUGACGAUUGCACGUGUCUUUCUCGGAAUUCCCGAGGCCGGUUUCUUCCCAGGUGCAACGUAUCUUCUCACCACGUGGUAUCUACGGUAUGAAGUUCAAACACGCACGAUAUUCUUUUAUGCCGGCGCAUCACUGUCAGGUGCCUUUUUAGGACUUUUGGCAAAUGGAAUCCAGCGAAUGGAAGGCGUUGCUGGUCUGCGAGGAUGGAGAUAUGCACUGUUGCUCAUUACCAUUAGGAUCUUCAUCCUCGAAGGUAUUGCCAAGGUGCUAGUGGCCGUCUGGCUUUACUUUGUCUUACCAGACGGCCCAGAGACGGCAAAAUUUCUUACUCCUGAGGAACGGCGGUUCCUCGCCUGGCGCAUGCAAGCAGAGAUGGGCAUCAACUCCGACCAAGCUCACGAGGAAAAGCUGGAUUUCCAGACAGUCAAGAGCGGUCUCAACGAUUGGCGGAUUUAUGUAGCUGUUAUCAUUUUCUUGGCCAACUCCGUGGGUAUUUACGCGUUUUCGUUUACGGUACCGACCGUAAUUCUUGAGCUUGGAUACACAGCAGCCACCGCGCAACUCCUGACAAUUCCAAUUUAUGUUUGCGCCAUGAUACUUGCCACUACGCUAGCUGUGCUACCUGAUCGAUACAAAAAACGAUUCCCUUUCCUCAUGGUUGGCCUAGGCGUCGCGGCUGCAGGACUUAUAUCGCUUCUUGCUAUUCCCAGACCAGGUUUACCUGGCCUCACCUAUGGAUUCCUAUUUUUAGCAGCAAGCGGGCACUAUUCAUUUAUAGUACCAUCAGUUUGCUGGCUCGGAAAUAACCUCAGUCCCUCGAGCAAGCGUGCGGUCGGAAUGGCGGUCUUCAUGUCUCUUGGAAACCUCGGCGGGAUAGCUGGCAGCAACAUCUUUCCAGAAGAGGAAAAGCCGCAAUAUCGAACAGGAUACGGCUGUAUGCAAGAAGAUGAUGGCAGGUUUGGAUAUGUCUCCGCUUUGCUCGUAGAACAGCUUCGUUCGACCCCAGUGAGGCAGGUCAACAUAUACAUAUCUACCGACGAGGUUAUCCGUAGUCAGAUUGGAAGGCCCCUCCUCUUCAAUAGGUCCGCAAAAGACCUCGCGACUGAGAUCGAGAAUACGGCGCCAGAUUGGAGUAAGCGCCAAGAAAAGGUCCAUCUUGCCACGAAUCUGGACACCUUCUCAGCUGGCCUCCAUGGCUGGGUGUUCUUCGAAACAAGACGGCGAACAAAGCUUGUCGCGUACAGCUUCUUCAACCUUCACUCUAUCGCCUACAACAUCCCCCCCAAGCUCUUAAAUUCUGAAAUUGGAGCGCUGAACCUUCCAAGCCCUGAAUCGCACUGGAGAGCCGAGACUGCUGAGCAGUGGCUAGCAGCACGUAAAAAGGAUACAUUCGAUGAGGUAUCUGUUCAAUCAGCUUACAAGAACUUAUCCACCAAGGCUAAUGGCCGACAAUCCCCCGCGCUAUCGUCUUUUGGUAACUACAUCUUGAUACACCGUCUGGUGCAGCAAAUAUUUUUUGCUCGACAAUCCAUGAUUCUCUUCGAUGCUGAUGAUGAUGCUCCGCUUCCACCGCAAGCUAUGGAGAGGCUUGAAUCUGCGUUAUGUGCCUGGCAGCGGAAUUGGGAAGCCACCAAGGACUCGUCACUAGACCCUUUAGCUCCGGGAGGACCGCUGAGUUUUAACGCCACAGCGCUGUUUAAAUUAGCAUAUAUACGCCUCCAUACUGACCUUGGCCCUUAUCGACGGCUCGAGACUCGUGACCCUGGGGCCAACGAUCAAUGGGUGUAA